CAACAGGGAGCCAUAUGGCCACAGUGAUAUAUGGCUUUAAAGCAUAUGGUUCUGAAGCAAAACACAGUUUGAUCAUUGGCGGAGGAAGAGUUGAACUGUUUUGGAGAGGAUUGGGGUGUUCUGUUGACUCAGCGUUGAAUACAGUUCAAGGUGGUGAACUGUUCUGAUGAUUAAGUGAAGUCUGAUGAGUGAUCCAGCCGCAAGUCCCGUCCGCCGUCAUGGUAGACAUGCAGAGCCACUACAGCCCCCCAUCUCCGCUGGAGGACUCGGUCCUUGACAGCCCGCUGUGUGGGGACUUCAUCGGGGGCAUGGAGGACCUGCAGGACAUCUCGCAGUCCAUCGACGACGACGCCCUCAGCUCCCUGGACGUCCCGGAGGGCCAGUCCUCCGGCACAGGCUCGGGUUCGGAGAGCUCAGCUGUUCCCGAUGCCUUGACCCCAGCGUCCAGCCCAUCCUCCUGGGUAUUUGGGGGGCUGGCGGGACAGGAGGAGUUCUCCUCCACCUCCCUAAACUUGGAGUGUCGGGUGUGUGCAGACCGGGCCUCGGGGUACCACUACGGAGUGCAUGCCUGUGAAGGAUGCAAGGGAUUUUUCCGGAGGACGAUAAGGCUCAAGCUGGAGUACGAGAGGUGUGAGCGCAACUGCAAGAUCCAGAAGAAGAACCGCAACAAAUGCCAGUACUGCCGCUUCCAGAAGUGCCUGUCCGUGGGCAUGUCCCACAACGCCAUCCGUUUCGGGAGGAUGCCGCAGUCGGAGAAGCUGAAGCUGAAGGCGGAGAUUCUCACAGGGGACCGAGAGGAGGAAAACCCCCAGCUGGCCGACCAGAAGACCCUGGCCAAGCAGAUCUACGAGGCCUACCUGAAGAACUUCAAUAUGAACAAGUCCAAAGCCCGCGUCAUUCUCACCGGCAAGACCAGCACGCCGCCCUUCGUCAUCCACGACAUGGACACGCUGCAGCUGGCGGAGCAGACGCUGGUGGCCAAGCUGGUGGGGAACUCGGACACCCUGCAGAACAAGGAGGCGGAGGUGCGCAUCUUCCACUGCUGCCAGUGCACCUCCGUGCAGACCGUCACCGAGCUCACCGAGUUCGCCAAGUCCGUCCCGGGCUUCUCCGGCCUGGACCUCAACGACCAGGUCACCCUGCUCAAGUACGGCGUCUACGAGGCCAUGUUCGCCAUGCUGGCCUCCUGCAUGAACAAGGACGGGCUGCUGGUCGCCUACGGCAACGGCUUCAUCACCCGCGAGUUCCUCAAGAGCCUGCGCCGGCCCUUCAGCGACAUGAUGGAGCCCAAGUUCCAGUUUGCCAUGAAGUUCAACGCCCUGGAGCUGGACGACAGCGACCUGGCUCUCUUUGUGGCUGCCAUCAUCUGCUGCGGAGACCGGCCGGGCCUGGUGAACGUGCCGCACAUCGAGCGCAUGCAGGAGAGCAUCGUGCAGGUGCUGCGGCUCCACCUGCAGGCCAACCACCCGGACGACGCCUUCCUCUUCCCCAAGCUGCUGCAGAAGCUGGCCGACCUGCGGCAGCUGGUGACGGAGCACGCGCAGCUGGUGCAGGAGAUAAAGAAGACGGAGGACACCUCCCUGCACCCGCUCCUGCAGGAGAUCUACAGGGACAUGUACUGAGGGGCCGCGCCCUCACACCAACACCCCGCACCGCUCGCCGUCCUCACGAGGAGGUGUGUGAGGCGGCCGCAGAGGGGAGCGUCACACACCUGCCCUUCGGUCUGACGCUUUGAGUCAGGGAGGCCGUGGCUGGACCUACUACAGGUAAAACCACCGAGGGGAUUUUGAGAAACGGACCGACCCCUCUACAAGCUAAGCAUCAACCUCCUACAGGGAGAGUGGCCUGGUGACCUAUGAGGACAUGAACUGGUCCCGCUGCCAGAACCCUCCCAGCGCCAGGCGACUCCAGCCUCCUGCGGUAUUCUUUUCGGAAACUGUAGCCACACAAAUCCGGAAGACAAGAGUAAGAGAGACAGCUGGCAGAGCUGUCCUAAACCGGCCCAGGGAGGCGACUCCAGCACAGAUGCCCAGAACGGCUCCCAGCGUUCAUGACUCUUUUCUCCAGCAGGGAACCCGGACAGGAGAUCGUUCCUCAUCUGGUCUGUAGGAACUUCAACGUGCCAUGCAAAAGGAUGUCACAAAAACGCACUGUACACACAAACCUCCUCACGCCACCUCAUGGGUACUGACUGACCCACAAAAAGCAACCUUUAUCCUGUUCCUCACAUAUACAGUAGCAGAAUAUUAGAAAAUAAACACAAAUGAUGUCAAUUUAACGGUUUCAAAGACCUAAAGUGUCCUUCCAGCAGGUCUCCAGUCAGGUGCAGUUCAAACUUGUACAGCACAGGUGAAUGUAACCUACUAUGAUUCAUGAUUGUCAUUCCAGCAUUUUUUCUGUUUGGUUAAGCACAGUUUACACAUUUUCCACACCUGUGUUCAGGAAGGUAUACCUGUUUAUAUUGGUGUGCCCCAGAAGAGCAAAGCCUCAUACUGGUUUCAGGUUAACGUUACCUAUUAAAAAGCACUUUCCCCUACAUUUUUCUUUAGUAAACACUAAUAAUAUUUGAAAAAAGACAACAAUGAAAAACUCUGCCCUGUUUUACAACAUCACUUAGUGCCCUCUCUCCUGUGUGAGACAGAAUUCUGAUACAGCGUGAUUUGUAACAAGGAGACCAGACUGCACGUAGGCACUGAUCUCAGUACAGUGUGAUCCUGAAGUACCUUUUCAGCGUAUGCUCAUCUCUUAGUAUUUCUCAGGCAGCUCAUUCCAUGGUUUCUUCUAGUUCCUGUGUCAUUUUCACAGUAUUUUUCCUUCUGUUCACUUUCUGUAAUUCAUCUGGCGACUUCAGAGUUCUUGUUUGUACUGAAAUUGAGGAAUGUGGAUUUGGGAUUUGUGUGUGGUACAAGUUGGGUAUUCUUUUCCAUACUAGAGUGCCCACAGACUCUGAAGAAAGGGUAACAUUAGGGUGUUGGGUCAUUUAACACAUUUUGAGUACUCAUGACAGACUGUCACAUAUAUUUCAUCAGACUCCAUUACAGAGUAAUUAUGUCAUAAUGUGACAUUUAUAGUCACUUUGAAAAUACUAGUGUUAAUACCAAAUGGAAACAAAAUCAGUUCAAUGCAGUUUCUCUGUAGUCGGCCAAGCCAGCUAAACAAGUGUCAUACUGUCUUGGGGGUUAAAGUAUGCUCGAGAAUAUUUUUGUACUUUCUUUGAACCAUUUGUCUCACAUGUAGUAAAGCAAACAUGAUUAUGGUCAUUGCUAUUACAGCAUCAGCGUUAGUGCCACCAGAGAUUCUCCAUGUGAAUCACUGUGUGUGCUAGAAUUAAGAUGUCUGACUGUUUCAUACCUCGGCAGAAAUGUCUUUUUAGCAAAAUACAAGUUUGCUACUCUGGCUUGUUCUGACUGUGGUAUCUAAGGGCUUCUACAAACCAGGACCGGGCCUGUAGGUGGCUUGAGGUGUAUUUCUCUUGUCUGCUUCCUCCUCUCUCAGUUGCAAUCCGACAUUCACUCAGCCUCAGUGCCUCACGUAUCCGUUUAGAGGGGCCGCCACAGCGGGUACUACGUCUCUCAUUCAGGUGGUGUGGUUCAUGGUUUGAAAUACGUUUCA